UGUAGUCUGCCUUCAGCUCUCUCUCUCUCUCACACACACUUCAUUCACACUCUCUCUCUCUGUGUGGAGAGCUACGAGCCGAUAGAAUGUGCUAAUGAAGGAGCUCUAGAGAGAGAGGGGUAAAGCAUUUGGAAGGAAUGAAGAUGAAGCUGAGGCACCUUCUCGCACUGCUCUUCACCUUCAUUUUAUCUAUGCGUCCUUCGUAUCCUCGACAUGCACCCUAUGCUAUGCGGAUAAGUUGUGGAGCUCGGAAUAAUGUCCACACUUCACCAACCAAUACAUCGUGGUACAAGGAUUUUGCAUAUACAGGAGGGAUACCUACUAAUGGCAUACGCCCAAGUUCUAUAACUCCUCCGCUUGGGACAGUUCGCUACUUCCCUCUAUCUGAGGGUCCAGAAAAUUGCUACAAUAUUCAGAGAGUUCCCAAAGGCCACUAUUCAGUUAGAGUAUUUUUUGGAUUGGUCUUAGAUCCUACCAUUGACAACGAACCUUUGUUUGAUGUUUCUAUUGAAGGAACACAGAUUUGCUCUCUGCAAUCAGGUUGGAACGGCAGUGAUGAUGAGCAGGUAUUUGUUGAAGCCCUGUUAUUUCUUACGGGACGUUCUGUCUCCAUUUGCUUUCACAGCACUGGUCAUGGAGAUCCAGCUAUACUGUCAAUUGAAAUUCUUCAAGUUGAUGACAGAGCUUAUUAUUUUGGGCCACACUGGGGUCAAGGGACAAUCCUAAAAACAGUCAGAAGACUGAGUUGUGGUGUUGAGAAACCAAAAUUUGACGAAGACUACAGCGGGGACCACUGGGGUGGGGAUCGAUUCUGGAAUCCUGUCACAACUUUUGCUCAAGGUUCUGAUCAUAUUAUAGCCACAAAAAACAGCAUCAGGAAGGCCUCAAAUACAGUGAACUCUUAUCCUGAAGCUCUUUAUCAGACUGCUCUUUCCAGCACUGAUAAUCAGCCAGAUCUAGUUUAUACAGUGGAUGUGGAUCCCAACAGAAACUACUCCAUUUGGUUGCACUUUGCUGAGAUAGAUCCUUCCAUCACUAAAGUAGGCCAAAGAUUAUUUGACAUCCAAAUAAAUGAUGUUGUUGCUAUUGAAGAUGUUGACAUUGUGAGUAUGAGUGGGGAUGUUUAUAGUGCUCUCGUACUGAACAAAACUGUUGCAGUUAAUGGCAGAACCUUGACAAUAACCUUUCACCCUAAAAAAGGUCAGGCCUUAAUUAGUGCUCUCGAGAUCUUUCAGGUUGUUGUUGCAGAGUCUAAAACUUCACCAGAUGAAGUCAGGGCUUUGCAAACACUGAAGAGCGCAUUAGGGCUUCCACUUCGUUUUGGGUGGAAUGGUGAUCCUUGUGUUCCACAAGAACAUCCAUGGACUGGAGUAGAUUGUCAAUAUGACAGAAUCAGCAACAAAUGGGUCAUUGAUGGACUUGAUCUUGAUAACCAAGGCUUGAGGGGGUUCUUGCCAAAUGACGUAUCCAAACUGCAUCAUCUUCAGAGCAUAAACUUGAGUGGAAACAGUAUUCACGGGCCAAUUCCCUUCUCGCUUGGAACAGUUACCAGCUUACAAAAUUUGGACCUCUCCUAUAAUUUUUUCAAUGGAUCAAUUCCUGAAAGCCUUGGACAGUUGACAUCAUUAAGAAGACUGAAUCUCAACGACAACUCCCUCUCUGGAAGAGUCCCAGCGGCCCUAGGGGGAAGACUAUUACACAGGGCAAGUUUCAACUUUACCGGCAAUGCAGGAAUUUGUGGUAUUCCUGGACUGCCAACAUGCGGAGCACACCUGUCCAUUGGUGCAAAAAUUGGUGUUGCAUUAGGCUCAUGUGUGGCACUCUUACUUCUUUUCACCUGCUUAACGUGCUGGUGGAAAAGGCGGCAAAACAUUCUUUGUGCUCAGAGAAUUGCAGCAAGAGAGGCUCCCUAUGCGAAAUCGAGGACGCAACUCUCCCGGGAUCUGCAAAUGACUAGGUCUUUCGGGCAUGAUCACACUCGGACAGCUGCCGAGAAUGGGCCGAGCUUGCUUUCAUAGUCAUAGAUGCUAUUUUUUUUCAAGUUUUCUACAGUUUUUGGUUGCUGGAUGCCAAAGCCUCUAACCAGCUCCGAGUUACCUGGGCCAUUCAGGUUCCUGUUUUACUGCCUUGGGGAAUUCCAAUUUCAAAUUUCGUUCGUCUUCACCUGUGUUUCUACUCUGCCCAACCAAGGCACAUGCACUUAUCCUUGAAGCUGGACACUGCACAGAUUCGCAUUCACAGAUGUUGUAAAUUGCUCCCCUUUCUUUGUUUAACUUUUGAAGUAAAUAUGUUUUAUUGCUGCACCUA